AUGCUAAUCAGUACUUCUGCAGAAGCAAUUACAAAGCACCUACGAUCAAAAACGAUAUCCACUGGAGAGGUUUACGAAAUUGCUCAACGAAUUCAAACAGGAAAAUAUGAAUUCUACUUUCCUAAUAGUCACAUAUUUAUAUUAGAGUUGAUAAUUGACAGGUGGAAUGCUUCAAAGGAUGAAAAUUUUAAAAAAGACUGGAAAAUAUGGUCUUUGUUCAUCUCAAUGUGUAAUAAAGUUCAAAAUCCUGAGCAUAAGAAGAAGUUACUAAAGAAUCUGAAGUUUGUAAACUUUUACUUAGAGAGCUUAGAACUACUGGAAGAGGAACAAUAUGAGUUAUUUCCUAAGCCGAUUUUUGAACUUUUAAAGAUCAUGAAUAGUGCUUUAACUAUUCAAAGUACUUCGGAAAAUGCCAUGAAAAUGAUGGGCGGCACUUUAAAUCUUCUUUUAAAGAGCAAUGAUGAGGACAUUGAUUUGCAAGGUUCUCUACUUUCCGAGUUAACAGCAUUGAUUGGUGUACAAAAUUUGAGGGAUAGUAGUUCCAAGAUGACUGCUGCAUAUGUUAACAACUUGUUAUUUCCAUCGUUGAGGUACAUGCACAGAUUCACCUAUCCAUUAGAACACCACAACAUCGACUUUCUAUCGAACAUCAUGGGCAAUUUUCUCUUCAAUGACAUAUCGAAUGCAGUGAAACAUCUUGAGAAGGUUAUAAAUAACGAUAUGCUUUAUACGGAAACGAUGGAAGUUUUAUUUAGUUGCGCUAUCCAACAUUUGUCAAGUUCUGAUAUUGAAGGUCUUGAGCAGAUUUUUAAGUUGCUUGUAAAAGUUGAUCCCAAGGCUUCCUCUGAUUUAUUAAAGUAUCUUGCGUCGUCAAAUAGAACAUUAUCACAGAAGUUUUUAGAGGGUCUGUUCGAAGAUGGCUUCUUGGAAAGAAAUUGGUUUUUGAUGUGCAGUGUUCUGAAUUUAGACAUUGAAAUUGGUAUAAUCAAUACGGACCGUUUGAUAGUCGCUAUAUGUUCAAGUGAACCAAAUCAAAUCAUUUUAGAUACCUGGUCCAAAUUGGUGGCAUGUCAUGUCAACGCUAGGGAAUUUUCAAAAUUCUUAGAUAAAUGGAAACAAUUAUGUGCUAACCGUGAAAACAUAAUUUUACUCAACAAUGACCAAUUUUCCAAAGUAAUCAGUGACCAUGUACCAUCUUUAUCGGUAAGUCAGCUGACAGAAAUCUUAGAUGAACUUGUUAACGAAAUAAUUAGAGAUAAGUCCUGCCAUAUAGUGAAAUGUAUGACAGUGGUGGUGCUAGGUUUAAAAAGGCUAUCCUAUACCAUUUUACAAGAAUUGAGGCUCACAUUGGAAAAAAUAUUUGAGAUUAGCGACAUCCAAAUCUCUGAAUUUUGGAAUUUGAGGUACGAUAUACUAGAAAUCUAUGACGAUAUUACUUCUGAGGAACUUCUCUCUGAAUAUGAUGUCACUAAAUUGUUAAAAAGGACUGAAUCACCUCCAAUUACUUUCUAUUUUAAUUUGUUUAAAUUGCGCGAGCUUAAAGAGUUUGAUAUGAGCUAUGCCGUUAACAGGUUCAUGCAACAGAUUAACAAAUUGGAGGAAUUAAAACCUAUCUUAUUUGAAUCGUUUGCUAGAUGGAGUACAAUUAUUGAUCUCACAUUUGAUAAAUCAAGUAUCGAGGCAUUGGUAAAAUUAUCUCUGAAGCAGGAAAACAUUGAUAUAUACGAUACUAUCUUUCUUUGUGAUGAUAUAUUUGAAGAACAAAAUAUCACCUAUAAUCUGACACGCGAACUUUCAGAAAAUAUUGUUGAAGAAAAGUGCUUGAAAUUACUGCUAAAAGUCCCUGUGCAAUGCAUUAACAAGAAUAUUAGAGUUGCUACUAUAAACAAUAUUGUACAGAAGGAUAUCUUAACAGAAUGUGAUCUCGACUUGAUCUGCCAUUUGCUAUCGAAUCCAACCUUUAAAUCUAAUUUAGAAACAGAUUUUGAUCAGCUUCUAAGAGUGGCUUCUUCUGAUAGCAAACAACAUAACUUAAACCACCGUGUUUUUGAAACCGUAUGGUCAAACCAUGUCAAUAAUAUGAAUGCAGAAGAAUGUAAAUGUUAUGUUCUUAACGGUAUAAAUAACUUAAUGGAAAGAAUGUUGCAUUCUUUUGAUUUUGUUACUUACCGGGUAGCUUUUUAUGCCAUUAGAUCUAGUUCGAAAUCUAUUCCAGAAUUUGCAUCUUUAAGAGAUCUUUAUAUUUCUGGGGUUAUAGAUCAUUUGAAGAAAAGUAAGGUAGAUGGGGAACACAGACAGAUAUCAUGGAUUUUACAGUCUUUGUACUUGCUUUUUAGCUCUAAUAGUGAGUUAAUAAAACAGCAAGAUUUAAUCAAUCUAGAGACUCACCUUUCGAAAUAUAUUAAAAUGACAAAUGAUGUUGAACUUCUGGAGAGUUUUUUCCUGUUUUGUUCAUGUUAUUACGAUAAUUUACUCUUCUUACUAACUCACUAUGUGGUUUUAAGAAGUAUGGCUAUCGAGAAGGCCAAUUUAAUAAAGGGGAUCCAUUUCGCGAUUCAAAAGACUAUAAGCCAUGAUGUAAAGGUAUUCAACUCUACAUUUUUGACCAUUUUAGCUUCAUUUCCUCAAUUUGAUAAUAACCUAACGAAUGGUGUUCUUGAACUUUACGAAUCAUUUAUUAAUACUUUGUCAAAAUCUAAUGUCUAUGGUGUGAAGUUAUUUCGAAAAUCCGUUUCAGCAUUUUACACCUAUUGUGAGAACUUUAUAGGUGAUAAUCCCGAUACGAUUCUAAACAUUUUGAACACCUACAAGAAAUUACUAGGAACGAAUCCAUGGCUAUUUUCUCAAUACACCAUUGAACUGUUGUUUCCCAUGUGUUCCAAGCUGAAUUUUGCAUUGUCUUCAAGAUGCCGUCGUUUUGAUGCUAUAUUUAUAGCAACAACACAAUUAUUGUCAUCAAUAUUAUUAUUCCACCGUUAUAAGCUUUCAAAUCGUCAUCAUGUUGUUAACAGCACUUUAUGUUCAUUACUAGAGGUCAUAUCUAAUAGUAAGAAAUACGAAUUGUCAUAUAGAUCAGCCAAAUAUUUGUCAAGAUUAAUUACCAAUUUCUGCGAACCUUCUAAUAUUUCUAGCAGCAAUACCAGGGGCACGCUAAAUUCUAAAAUUGCGGUUGUUAAGAGAUCAUUAAGAAAAUAUUUGCCGGUCUUACUUCUAAAAUACAUUCAUAUAUCGAUUACCAAUCCGUUUGAAGCUAAUAUCCGUAAAGAAUUAAUUAUGUCUGUCUAUGCCAUAUUUGACGUUUUGUCCCAAGAAGAACUUGUAAUUGUCAAUUCCAAUUUGGACAACGCAGGUAGAACAUAUUUUAAAUCUUUGUAUUCAGAAUACAAGCGGGUCGGUAAAUGGCAUGAGGAUUGA